AUGGAUCACAAUCCGUCCAUUGUUUUAUUUGGAAACUGUGCAGCAGUCCAGUUUCAACAUGACAAUAUUGUACUUGGAGAAAUACAACCAAAUAUUGAAAAUGUCGCAAUAUCCAAGUCUGUUCCUUUGCAGAUGAUGAUAUCAGGACGUCACGUCUCCGUGAUCAGCCUGAUUGGCUUACAUGAAACUGCACUUGACCUGCAUCCCCUCACUGCUCAACUACUGAAUGAAAAUGAAAUAAUUGCCUUCAUCUUUGUUGUGCGACUGGGCCAGUUAACAGAUGCUGAUAAGAUGGGUCUUGAGUGGCUUCAGAGAGUGUUUGGUGAUGAAGUUCUUCAGUUUGUGAUGAUUCUCUUCACCUAUGAGAGCCAGGAAGAGUCUGACUCUAUAAUAGAUGAUCUGAAGAAAAACUCUGCUCUGGAGCGGCUGAUUGAGAAAUGUGGUGGAAGAUAUCACACCUGCAGCAAGAGCACGAGCAACCAGUCAGAGAUAACAGACCUGAUGAACAGGAUUGAGCAACUGUUUAUUGACAAUAAACAGCAGUCCUACAGUGAGAUGUACAACACUGCAUUAAGAGAGAGAGAAGACCUGCAAAACAGGACAUGUCAAAGUCAACGCACAGUAACUGAAGAGAGCAUGGAAUACACCACAACACUAGAGACAGGAGAGAGACUUGAGAGAAAAGUGGAGAAGUGGAAAGAUUAA